AUGGUGGCGCUCAAGAGGAAAGCUGGAGCUUGCGGCCAUGAAGGGAGCACACCCAGCCCACUGAGUUAUUCAGCUAUUCAUGUCAAGUUCACCAAACAGCAGCAGGCUUCCCAUUACCUGUAUGUGAGACAGCACAGAGUUCGAGGAGACACUCAGUCCACGUGGCCUCCCAUUUUUGUGCUAAAUGUGACCCCGUACUGCACAGAGGAGUGCCUGUCCCGACUCCUGUCCUCCUGUGGCACCAUCAAGACAGUCGACUUGAAAGAGAAGCCUGACCAUGCUGAGAGCACUAAAGAAAAGCCAGAGUUUUUUCACCCGAAGCUCAUUAGGGGCUUUCAGGUAGCUUAUGUGAUAUUCCAGAAGCCAAGUGGAGUGUCUGCUGCCUUGAAUCUGAAGGGCCCAUUGCUGGUUUCUACGGAGAACCACUCUGUGAGGAGUGGGAUUCAUAAGUGGAUCAGUGAGUAUGAAGAGUCGUUAUUAGACCCAGAGGCCCUGAGGGUCGAGGUAGACACAUUUAUGGAGGCUUACGACAAGAAGAUAGCUGAGGAGGAGACCAAGUCAGAUAUUAAAGGUCAGAAAUAUAUCCCCAUGUCCCUAGCUCUGCCACAGAAGUCUCUGCUGCCCCUCUUGGUGUUUGAUACCAGUGAGACCCACCCCACAUUUAGUGGGCUGAGGGUGCUGGAUAGGAAGUGUGAACAAGCUCGAAGGCCAGAGCUACAGCCUCGAAGCAGUCCUGGGUUAGCUCUUGAGGAAGGGGCUGACAAUUCCAGCCACGAGUUGGUGGAUGUUCAUGUAGAUGUAGUGAUUGCCUGGGAUUUCCACAUACUGGAACCGCUGGAGAAAGGUGCAGGUGGAUCAGUGGAGGCGAGUACAGGGCUGCUUCUAAGAGCUGGCCCCCAAGUAAUCCUGGCAAGGAGUCAGCUUGAAGGAGACUGGGUUAACAUUGCCAUAGCUGCUGACAAUGUUGAGAAGAUAGAGAACCAGGGAACUAUGAGACUUUAUGCUCAUCAAAUUACUUGUCAUGAGGAAUGUGAUAAAUUGGAAAUCACAUUUUAUGUAAAGUAA